AUGGACGGCGAGGGGGCGAGGCGGGCGCCGGCGGCGGCGUACUACGAGUGCACCUUCUGCAAGAGGGGCUUCACCAACGCGCAGGCGCUGGGGGGACACAUGAACAUCCACCGCAAGGACCGCGGCGCCGGGGGCAAGUCGCAGGGCGGCGGCGGCGGCCAGCAGCACGAAGGCAGUGGCGGCGGCGGUGGCGGUGGCGCCGGCCAGCAGCACGGUAGGGACGUCCACCUGGGGCUCACCCUGGGGAGGAACGAGGACGGCGUCGACCUGGAGCUCAGGCUUGGCCAUGGCCACUAUCCUUAUAAUUAAUUAACUAGCCAUGGCUGCCAUGCAUGGGUGCAAUUAGGGCCUGGCCGGUCGUCAUAGAUUUUUUUUUCUUUUUCUUGGUUAACUUGUGAAGCUAUUAUAGCUAUAAACUACUGAGAUAAAUUAAUGAUGGGUAAGACUGCUCAAGCUGUAAGCAUGGUUCUUGCAUACUUUUGGUGUUGUUUGAUAAUCUACAUUGCCAACUCCGUAGUAAAAAACAAGCUGAAAAUGAAUUGUACAUGUUGGUGUGUCCCACCGAUCAGUCGGAAAAU